AUGGCUACGGAAAACCCACCAGCAUCCUCCAUCCCGAACCUCAAACAAAGACUCCCAAAGCUUGAACCUCGAAAACGACGACAGGGACCCUCGAACCCAACUCCCAUCCCAGAUACUCCCGCCCUCCCCUCGCCGCCCGAUACGUCCUCCUGGACCUACAAGACUCCCAAGAAGAGGAUCCUCUCACCAAAGGACCACGAUAUCUUCCUCGCUUCGCCCACAAGCACCCUCGUCAAAGCAUGGAUCUUCAACCUCGCAGAGUCGGUCGUCGACAUCCCCUGUUCGGCAGUCAAGGACACUGAGCUCAGCAAUGUCGCGAAGACAAUCAUCUCCAUCUUGAAGGAGGCAGAGGGCUUCGUCGCCAAGUCCCCCCCCGACGAGCAAGGCGGCUCCCGCUUCGGGAACAAGGCCUUCCGCGGCUUCAUAGACCUCGCCAGCGAAGCCUGCCCCAGAUGGCACCGCUCGCUCGGCGUAUCCGACGACGACGCCAUCGCCGAAGUCUCGAAAUACCUCCAGCAGUCAUUCGGCAACCGCAACCGCAUCGACUACGGUUCGGGCCACGAGCUCAACUUCAUGCUGUGGCUGCUCUGCUUAUACCAGCUAAAGAUCGUCCAGCGAGAUGACUUCAAGGCCUUGGUCCUCCGCGUCUUCCCACUCUACCUUUCAGUUAUGCGCAUUGUCCAGAUGUCAUAUUAUCUAGAACCCGCAGGCUCGCAUGGCGUCUGGGGCCUUGACGACUACCAGUUCCUCCCUUUUCUCUUCGGUGCCUCUCAGCUCCUCCACCAUCCUUAUAUCAUCCCCCGGUCGAUCCACCAGGAUCUCACUCUUGAGGAGUCUGGCGAAGAUUACUUGUAUCUGGGCCAGGUCAACUUCGUCAACAGCACGAAAACGGUCAAGGGUCUUCGGUGGCACAGCCCCAUGCUCGAUGACAUUUCAUCUGCAAAGUCUUGGACCAAGAUCGACGGCGGCAUGCGCCGGAUGUUUGUUGCCGAGGUAUUGGGCAAACUACCUGUGAUGCAGCAUUUCCUCUUUGGCAGUCUGAUCCCGGCAGCCGAAGGCAUGAGCCCCGAGUCGGCCACCGACAGGAAGGAUGGAGAAGACGACGAGGAUGUGGACCCUGAUCAUGAACACGACCACCCGCAUGACGGCACAGGCUGGGGCGCCUGCUGUGGCAUCAAAGUGCCCAGCAGUAUAGCGGCAGCUCAAGAAUUGCGCAAAAAUGGCCAAGGCCAGACUCUACGGAGGAUCCCUUUUGACUGA